AUGGAUGGGCAGAAUCAGAGGAUACAGCUUGUGUCAGCAGAUAACACCAUGUCAAUGGGCCGAAUUCAGAUUGUAACCGAUCCACAGACUGGCCAAAAGCUCCAGAUUGUCACCUCCGUUGAGCCCGUGUCUCCUGGAAAGCAGCAGUUUAUCCUCGCGAAUGCGGACUAUUCCUCUUCCAGUGGCAAGGUGAUCCUGGCCAAGCAGGAAGGGUCCCCCAACAAGGUCAUCCUCACCACUCCGGACAGCUCCAGGGUUAACCAGCUGCUAUUUGCCUCUCCCGAUCUGUCUGGGUCGCAGAUUCAGUUUGUAACCGAGGACCAGUCUAUUGCCAAGCCAAUAGUUGAGUACUGUGUUGUCUGCGGAGACAAGGCCUCAGGGCGCCAUUAUGGUGCAAUCAGCUGCGAGGGCUGCAAGGGUUUCUUUAAACGCAGCAUCAGAAAGAACCUUUUGUACACCUGCAGGGGCUCGGGCGAGUGCGCCAUCAACAAAAUCCACCGAAACCGGUGCCAGUUCUGUCGACUGCAGCGCUGUAUUGCUGUCGGCAUGAAACAGGACUCUGUGCAGUGCGAGAGGAAACCGAUGGAUGCGCCCAACCGGGAGAAGCCUGUCAACUGUGCUGCCUCCACAGAGAAGAUCUACAUUCGCAAAAACCUGUGCAGCCCACUGGCUGCCACACCCACCUUUGUGUGUGAUAAAGAGACUUCCAGGUCUACACAUUUGCUGGAGUCAAGCAUGUUGCUCAACAUCCAGCAACCAUUCUCUAAGCUGGAAAAUACCAUCUUGAUCCCAGCAUCACCAGAAAAGCACGACGACCCAUCUCAAAGUGACCUUGGCACUCUGGCCAACGUGGUGACCUCCCUCGCCCACCUGAACAAGGCAAGAGAGACAAGUGACAGUACAGGCGAGCUAGUUGGUGUCGAAACACUCAGCAACGGCGACAGCUCCAUGACAGACAUGCAGGAUGACGAGCAAAGCGAUAUCACUAGAGCCUUUGACACUCUGGCCAAAGUCCUUCACUCUGGCGACGGCUCUUCACCGACCAACCUAGAGGCCACCAUGCAGCUGAUGUCGGGCGACCAGUCCGGCCCAGUGUUAGAGCUUGAGGGCUCACUGCUCUCAGAUAGCCAUAUUCCAUUCAAACUUAUGAUGCCUGUACCUGUGCCAGAGUACCUCAAUGUCAACUACAUCUGCGAGUCAGCCUCACGACUUCUUUUUCUCUCUAUGCAUUGGGCACGCUCCAUACCUGCCUUCCAAGCAUUGAGCGGUCAAGAGGACAACGACAUUAACCUGAUGAAAGCCUGUUGGAACGAGCUGUUUGCUUUGGGUCUGGCCCAAUGUUCCAAUGUUAUGAACGUCGGAACCAUUUUAAGUGCUAUCAUCAGCCAUCUACAGACUAGUUUGCAGGAAGAGAAACUCUCCCAAGACCGGGUUAAACUGGUGAUGGAGCACAUCUGGCGAUUGCAGGAGUUCUGUAACAGCAUGACUAAGCUGUCUCCCGAUGCUUACGAAUAUGCCUUCCUUAAAGCCAUUGUUCUCUUCAGUCCUGAUCAUCCUGGCAUAGACAAUAUUCUGCAAAUAGAGAGGUUCCAAGAGAAGGCUUACAUGGAGUUGCAGGACUACGUGACGAGAACGUAUCCAGAAGAUACCUACCGUUUGUCCAAGCUGCUUCUGCGACUUCCUGCUCUACGACUGAUCAGCGCAGCAGUCACCGAGGAGCUCUUUUUCGCCGGCCUGAUUGGCAAUGUGCAGAUCGACAGCAUUAUUCCGUACAUACUCAAAAUGGACUCCACUGACUACAACAGCCAGUCACUCGCUGGAGUUUGA